AUGCCUUUUGCUCUUCAGAAUGUUGGUUAUACUAUUAUUUUCAAUGCUUGUGCGCAACUUUUGAAUGAUCGUGCUAAAGAUAUUGGAAGAAAAAUUCUUGAUCAAAUGCCUAAAUAUUUUCAUGAUGACAAUGUUUUACUCAAUUCAGAAAUUGAUAUGGUAAUGAAAUGUGGCGAUGUUGAAAGUGCCGAGAAGCUAUUUCAACCAAUCAAGGACAAAAAUAUUGUGACAUAUGGAGCGAUGAUGAAUGGAUAUAAUAUAAAUAAUGAACCGUUAAAAUGUUUACAACUACUAGAAGAAAUCAGACAGCAAAAUUUUAUACUCGAUGAAUUCAUAUCAAGUAUAUUGAUAAAUGCAUAUGCACAACUUGGUAUCCCAGGUCGAACAAUCCGACAGUCGGAUCUCGUCGGAUCCUAUCGGAAAAAUUAUCGCAUUCGAUGGGAAUUCAGUAACUUUAGAAAAAUGUUUUCAUUUGGAUCAUCAACAAAUAUAACAACAACAACAAGUGCUACUCCAUUUUCAUUUGGAAGUAGUUUGACAACGACUGCUCCAACAGGUGGAGCUUAUGCAAGUCCAUUUACCUUCGAUUCUGAUAUGUACGACGAGUAUAUCAGCAAUUACACCAUUUGGUGGUAG